CGGAACGAGGAGGGCGGGCGCUGCUCGCGGCGCGGGGCCGCGUUCCCCGUCCGCGGCCGCCCUGCCACCAGCCCGCGUCCCUGCCGGCGGGAGCUCGGGGGACCGGGCGGCGGCUGGCUGAAUGCGAGACCUGCGCGGACCUGGCGGCGGACGGCGGCUCUCGACUCUGGGAAGCCGAUCGCGGAGGGGACGAGCCCGAACGCGCUGGCCAUGGCCUCCAACUUUAACGACAUAGUCAAGCAGGGCUACGUGAAAAUCCGCAGCAGGAAGCUGGGGAUUUUCAGACGAUGCUGGUUGGUUUUCAAGAAGGCUUCUAGUAAAGGACCCAGAAGGCUAGAAAAAUUUCCUGAUGAAAAGGCAGCGUAUUUCAGAAACUUUCAUAAGGUAACAGAACUGCACAACAUCAAAAAUAUAACCAGACUGCCUCGAGAGACAAAGAAGCAUGCAGUGGCAAUUAUCUUUCAUGAUGAAACGUCAAAGACAUUUGCCUGUGAGUCAGAGCUGGAGGCCGAGGAGUGGUGCAAGCAUCUCUGCAUGGAGUGUCUGGGGACCCGGCUGAAUGACAUCAGCCUUGGCGAGCCCGAUCUUCUGGCGGCAGGCGUGCAGCGAGAACAAAACGAGAGAUUCAAUGUCUAUCUUAUGCCUACACCAAAUCUGGAUAUUUAUGGUGAAUGCACAAUGCAGAUCACUCAUGAGAAUAUCUAUCUCUGGGAUAUCCACAACGCCAAGGUCAAACUGGUGAUGUGGCCUCUCAGCUCCCUGAGGAGAUAUGGACGGGACUCAACGUGGUUUACCUUUGAGUCAGGAAGAAUGUGUGACACAGGAGAAGGACUAUUCACUUUUCAAACAAGGGAAGGAGAAAUGAUCUAUCAGAAGGUCCAUUCUGCGACACUGGCCAUAGCUGAGCAGCAUGAGAGAUUAAUGCUAGAAAUGGAGCAGAAGGCCCGGCUUCAGACAAGCUUGACUGAGCCAAUGACGUUAUCCAAAUCGAUAUCUCUUCCUCGUAGCGCGUACUGGCAUCACAUCACUCGUCAGAACAGUGUUGGAGAAAUCUACAGUUUGCAAGGUCAUGGGUUUGGUUCCUCGAAGAUGUCGCGCGCACAGACAUUUCCCAGCUAUGCCUCGGAGCAGAGCGAAGAGACCCAGCAGUCUCUGUCCCGGUCAAGCAGUUAUGGAUUCAGCUACAGCUCCAGCCUCAUUCAAUGACAGUCAGAGAGCCACUGCGACCGGAGAGACAGUCUGUCCGGACCUGCUGGUAGGGUCGCUGCACCCUCUGUCUCCUGGAAGACCAAUUGCCGUCAAAAUUGAACCGGGGCGGGUCUAGCCCCAACCCCAGUGGAAGGUUAAAAACUGGAGUUCUGCUUCCUUGACUCUGUGGCUACGUCCUUUAUUUAUUGAAUUUCUUGGGGGUGGGCGGGAAUCUAUGUUUUACAAAAAUAGAAUCCAAAUCGUAUGAACAGCCAUUUAAAUGAAAUUCUUUGGUUCUGACGGUAGCAGAAGGCUGGGCACCAUGAGAAGUUGCCCACACCAGGUUGUGCCUGGCUGGUGGGCAUGACCCCUCUCCUUGUGGCUCAGCCCUCCCGCCUGAUGACAGGGUCUGUCGUUAGACAUGAGGUCACCCACCACAGGCUAUGUGGUUUGGAAGGUUUUGACGGGGACAAAUCCUGCAAGGUCUACAAAUGGCAUCAUAACCCUCCAUAUAAAUAAGCCCCAGUGACAAUUAAGGGAACCCGAGAUUUAGAACACACUGUUGAGCGGGGCCUCGUAGCUCUGCUGUGUGUGUGCGCGUGUGUGUGCAUCUGUAGACAAAUAGAGAUACGGAUAUCACUGUGUCCAUCUGUAGCUAACAAGUAUAUAUCAAAUGUGUGCUGAGGGUGACAGGAUAUGCUCACUUACAUUGUUGAAAACUGUAAUUUGGUGCAUUAACAUUAAGAUUGUUAUGUUGAAUAGCUGUUUUUAAAAUAGUGCUGUAAAAAAAAAAAAAGGCUUCUUAUUAGCAAAAGUAUUUAUGUAGUCAAGUCUGCUCCUCUGACAAGUAUAAACGAUACGUGAGAGGGAGGGACACGCUUGAAAACGAAAACAAGAGAACCGGUCUAGCCAUCCUACGUGUCACGUCACCACGCUGUCUUUCUGGUUAGUGCUCCCUUGUUGACAGUGUUUCUCUCUUUGGCCAUCCCUCUGAGCUACGUGAGGAAGAUCAGGUGUGAACACCCACCGGCUUCCAUUUACCCUCGAGUAAAGAGAGACUUGAAAUGAGAAACUGUUUUUCAAGAAAGAGAUAAAUAUAUAUAUAUAUAUAUACCUAAAAAGAACUCAGCUAAUUUUUCAUUCAGGAGAACAGUGGGCACAGGAUUGUAGAAAUUAAUUAUUUAAGAUUUUAUAAAUGCCAUUCUCAAAGAGCCAUUGGGUGCUUGUGAUUUACUGUGUAACAAGAAUUUGCUAGGCUUUACUUUCUUUCUAAAGGACAUGGGUUGGCUGGGAUUAUAAGAGAAAAUGGAUCAAAUAUGAUUUUUUUCAUCCCUGACGUUAGUGACAAACCUACCAAGUUUAAAGGGAAGUGAGUGGUUGACUUCCACGUGAUCUAAAGAGUUUGGCUAAUUUAAUUAGGGUCAACAAAGAUAUUUUUGUCCUUAAUUUUGAGGUUUACUCACGUAAAAAUAAAAAUUAUUCUGCCUGAAUUAUCUGAUGCCACAUGCCUAAAAUGGUGAGCUUGUAAAUACUCCAAGGGGAAUCUAAAGAACAGUGAGCCCAGAUCAUAUAAGAUAAAUGAUUUUUUUUCUUAAUAGCAAAAUUCUUUAACUUAUUAGUCUGCUGAAGGGGUACCUGUUUUGCUGAUCUGUAAUAAGACUUUUUUUUUUUAAUCUGUAUCCAUAGCUCGAAUGCAGACUGCAAAUUCAUUUCAGAGAAUUACUACUGACUAGGAAUGGUUCUGGGUCCCUCCUAGAUAAAUUUACACUUACAGCAACUACCUAGAAUCUCUGAAUCUCUCAGAUAAGUAUAAAAACCCCAUCAAGAUGCUAAUCAUAAGAGUUAAUGUGGCUGUGAAAAAUAAUUAUCUUAAGCUUUCAGGGAUAAAAAGAAAAUUACUCAAACUCUCUGCACUGUGAAUCUUGCUGACACAGCAGAAAAGCAGAUGACUGGUUCCUGAUGGUGAUACAGCCUUCCCUAAAAUCCCAGCUUGCGGGGUCACACACCUCUGAAUCACUUAGCAUGUUGGCGUUUGCUUCUGCAAUGCCGUGUGUAAACCAUACCCGAGCAACUCCCCGCUGAGACCAUUUGCGCACAGCUCCUAGUGGUGCCACAUCCAGAGCAAGCCUCUCGCCCGCUCACUCAGUUGAGCUGUUGCUUAGAGACCACAGUUUCUACAUGGGACUUGUGGGGAAAGGCCCUCAGGGGUCCUGGUUCAUGUCUCAGCUUCAUUAAUGUGCGAGAAGCACAGACAGAGAGUCCGGGGGUGGGAGGGAUUCUGCUAAUUAGAUGAGUCUGCUCUUGUGUCUGUUUGGUGGAAGACACAAUACCUGCAUGAAAUUGCUUCCAGAACAUCAUUUGCUUGUGAUCAUUACCAGUGAGCAUAACUGAGGAGAUACCAAAGAUCGGGCUAACCUUGGGCCAGUUCAUUCUGAAAAUAAUGUCAUUAGAAGAGUGUGUGAGAGAAAUUUCCAUCCCAAGUCUUUAACCCAGUCUCAUCCCAAUGAGGAUAAGGCUAUAUAGUCUCUUGUACAUUUUUGGUGAUUUAUUCUAGCAUACUCCUCCAUCUAUACUUAUAAUUGUAGCUGAGUUAAAAUUGCUAACCGAACAGAUAGGAGAAUUUAUAUUAGCCUAAUAUACUUGACAUAAGGCAGUGUGCAUUGUAAUAAAAAUGACAAGCAAAUAAAUCUUCCACAAAACCAAAGAUGAAAGAAAGGUUACCAUACCAUUCUCCUGGAACUUCAUAAAACCAAUUUCAUUGGAGCAAUUAGAAUGGAUGUAGACACGUAUUAAAUUCUCUUAAACUCAUAGGUUUUUGACUGAUGAUGCCUCUACACUUUGAAAGUCAUUUUUCUCCCUCAGAAAUUAUUUUUUAUCUUUCCUGCCAUCGGGGUUGCUAUGAACCAAAGACAUCCUUUGGCUCCUUCUGAAGGUGACUCAGUUGGGGUUCCAACCAGAUUUAGGCAGGUGAGUGAAGUUGGUCACAGUUUCCAUAUUGGGUUGGAAGAGAGCAGUGGUGAAGGACCCAAACCCAAGUAAUGGAGGCUCUUCUGAGAGCAGAGAAGGCCUGGAGGUGGUACACGGUUCACAGAAAGAUGACACCGGGGGGAGGUGUUCUUUUUUACAUACCCAAGUUUUCUUCUGAAAAUACUAAUGCAAUGGCACCCAUGACCAACACCUGACAUUAUCUUUAAAAUGUGGAAAAGUAUAACAUAACCUUGACCCAAUAGCUUACCAUACUGGUGGGGGAAAAAGAAAACACAUCCUUCACUUAUUCAUUGAAUGACGAAUAGGCACUCAAAACUAAUUUAUUUAUGCAGGUUGCAGAUAUUUAUGAAUCAAUAGGUUCUGGCCACUGCCACAAUAUGAACUGAAUGAAGUAAGAAAUGUAUAUUUGCUUAUAUACUAGGGAAGACACUGUUUGAUGGAGCAUGUGAAAUAAAGUGAAACCUAUUUAUUAAAAGUAAACCUCACUUUUUUCACCAAGUAGUAACUAGUACUCUAGUUGUACAAUUGUACAAUUGUACUUGUACAAUUUUUCUCUGUCUUCAUUGGGCAAUUAUGUUUGAAAAUCAUUUAUCACCUAUAAAAUGGU